UGAACCCGCCGUCCAGCCUGAGUCACAGCUCCGCCUCUGAGGAACAGUCUGUCCCGUACAUGAUCCACAGCAACACAGCAGCUGCUAUUAAAGCUCCGUGGACCCAAGGGCCGCAUCUAUCUCUCAACAUCAGCAGCUGGGAGGAGGAACAGUUUUUUCCCCCACCAGUUCUUACAGAAUAAGCCCUACUCAUCACCAUGCAUUGCUUGAAAAGCCUGAGGUCAACCAACCUGGGGAUUUUGCAGCUGUUUAAAAAUGCAGUAAUGUCCAGGAGUCCGCAACCUGUUCCUUUAUCCAGCUGGACAGCAUCAGCCCACAUCCACAGAGCCUUUCAUCUCCAGAAGACCACUGAGGAGGGCCAAGGACAUUCCAAGAGGCGGCUGAUGUCCAGUUUGGAGGACUUACUUUUUUACACCAUCACCGACGGUAAAGAGACCAUCCCCCUGUCUCAGUUCACCUCUGUUUUGAGAAGAACGGGUUUGUUAACAUCUGACCCUCGGCUGCGUGACUGCGUCCAUCAGAUGCGACAGGCCACACGUGACUCCACUGGGCCAGUCCUGAUGGACAAGAAGCUCUUCAGAAGGUGUGUGGGCAACAACAUCAUGCUGCUGACUAAGGCUUUCAGAAAAAAAUGUAUCAUCCCAGACUUUGAGAAUUUUACCUACCAGAUCAAUAAGCUGUAUGAGAGCGCUCAAAAGCAGGAGGGAGGCCUUGUAGCUGACUACAUUCCUCAGCUGGCUAAGUUCAGGCCUGAGCUCUGGGGUGUGUCCCUGUGCACAAUUGAUGGACAGAGAUACUCAGUGGGUGACACCAAGACUCCCUUCUGCAUGCAGUCAUGUGUGAAACCUUUGGAAUAUGCCAUCGCCGUGCACGAACUUGGCAGUGAGCAUGUUCACCGCUUCGUGGGAAAAGAGCCCAGUGGGCUGAAGUUCAACAAACUGUCGCUAAAUGAAGAAGAUAAACCUCACAACCCCAUGGUGAAUGCUGGAGCCAUCGUCAUUAGUUCUUUGAUUAAGCCUUACUCAAAUAAAGCAGAGAGGUUUGACUUUGUGAUGGAGUUCCUGAAGAGCAUGGCGGGUACAGAGUAUGUGGGGUUCAGCAACGCGACCUUCCAGUCAGAGAGGGAGACUGGUGACCGGAACUUUGCGAUAGGUUAUUACCUCAAAGAGAAAAAGUGCUUUCCUGACAACGCAGAUAUGAUUGCAGCUCUUGACUUCUACUUCCAGCUGUGCUCCAUUGAGGUCACUUGUGAGUCUGGAAGUGUCAUGGCUGCCACUCUGGCCAACGGAGGGAUUUGUCCAAUCACAGGUGAUCGUGUUUUAAGUGCUGAAGCCGUUCGGAAUACAUUGAGUCUCAUGCAUUCCUGUGGGAUGUACGACUUUUCUGGGCAGUUUGCGUUCCAUGUGGGCCUUCCUGCAAAAUCUGGAGUUUCUGGCGCCGUGUUGCUGGUGGUUCCUAAUGUCAUGGGUUUGAUGUGCUGGUCGCCGCCUUUAGAUCGGCUGGGAAACAGCGUUCGUGGUAUUCACUUCUGUCAGGAACUUGUGUCUUACUUCAACUUCCAUAAUUAUGACAACCUGAGGCAUUUUACCAAAAAACACGACCCCAGAAGACGAACCGAUGAUGAUCCGAACAAGUCGGUGGUAAACUUGAUGUUUGCAGCUUACAGUGGAGACGUCUCUGCGCUGAGGAGGUUUGCCCUUUCAGAUGUGGACAUGGAGCAGAGAGAUUAUGACUUUCGCACAGCGCUUCACAUCGCUGCAGCUAAAGGCCACGAGGAAGCUGUGUUCUUCCUGACUGAAAUUUGCAAAGUGAAUCCUUACAUUAAGGACAGAUGGGGCAACACUCCCCUGGAUGACGCUUUGCAGUUUGGCCAUGACGCUGUUGUUGCGGUCCUGCAGAAGUACCAGUGCAAGUUCACCAGCUCCACAAGCAGCACCGAGGAGCAGAAGACCUCACUGGACUCCAUGAAAAGUACCCUUUAACCCACAUCAUCAGGGUUCAUUAUGCUCAUCUUUUGUUGUACAUCUGGAAGGAUUUUACAAAUGCAUCUCCCCCCAAAAACGUUCGACUGUUUUUUAUGUUCAAGACUCGACAUCCCAGAAUUCUGAUCACCCAGGCCAUUUCUACUGAUGUUCACAACAAAGGAAAACUUAAAGGUGGAAUAUGAAGUUAUUUAAAUCCCAAAAGAAGAGUGCAAACGGGAAAUAUAAAAGAAAAACACCAUCUGAAUGUAUUAUUGUGAACAACCAGGCUGAGGUACUGUAGGUAAAGCUAAACAGGCUGAAAUUGUUCUAGUUUGACCAAAGUCACAGACUUUAAGUAUCAACAGAGACAAAAUGUCUCACCUUUAAAUGUUUAAUUCUUCUGAAUGCAAAGAAAGAGGACGUUUUUAAAGCCAUAUCUUAGUAAAUGUGUUUAUUGCUCUUUAUUAAUGACACCAAUGAUUAAUUCUGCUUUUCUGUUCAGUUUCUAAUCAAUUCUACGUUGUACAUAUCUUAAAAUUAUAUUUAUAAAAUAAUCAACACGUUACUGAUUGUAUUUGUGCUGCCUGUGUUAUUUUAACUAUUCUAAUUUAUUCUUCAAGUAACACCAGGUUUAUUAGCAUCAGAGGGUGUUUUAUGUAUUAAUGUGCACUUUAUAAGCAAUCACGUUCAUCAGUCUGUAUAGAGAACCCAGUGAAAUUCACUUUUAUUUUAAAACUUGCCUUUUAUCCCAAAAUUGGGCUUUUCUGGUUUCAUUUCUCUAAAUAAAUCAGAGAAAAGAAAAACCAAACAAAACUCCCGGUUAGGAAACAUGAAACCAAACAUAAGUUCAAUUAGAAUAGAAAAAAUGCUGGAAGUGCUGCAGGGGUGUGAGAAAUCUUAUCUGGUGCUCUUCAGCCAAGGGAUCCUUUUGCCAACAUAAGUUCAAUUAGAACUGGGUUUUAUUUGCACUGAGAUGAUUUCUCUGCACAAACUCUGUAAAUAUUUCUAUUAUAAAUAAAUGAAUCUGUAAACCAUG